AUGAUUACCAUUUGUAAUGAUGAAUUGAUGCCAAAUAGAUUAUAUCUUUUGAAAUAAGAAAAAUUGGUUCUUAGGAAUGAAUAAGAGCACGGAUUAUCAUUUACAUUCCAAUAAGAAGAAAGUAAGAAAUUGAAAUUAGGUGAAUAACACAUCUUUGAUUGCAAACCUGGUAACCACUAUCUUAUCUGCAAAUAAUUAAAUCUAAAAGCCGAAGUCUAUGUUUUCAACGCCCAAGUUGAUAGAGACAGAUUCUUAAGAUACCAAGAAGAAUUCUAAGCUACUAAAUCUGAAUAAUAAUAUGAUAGUGAUGAUAUAACCAAUGAAAACGAUGAAAUACUAAGUGAGGCUAUUGGAAUUCUCCCUUAAAAGCAAAAUAAAUAUACUAGAUGGUACACUGCAGACACAUCCUCAACUUAUUAUUCGAAAAUAGAAAAUCAAUCGACAACCUCUGAUGUUAGUGAAUAAUUAUUACCGGAAAAGAGAGGAAAACGAAAAGGAUCUGAUCCUGUGAUAUAAAAAUCUGAGUUAAUGAUGCAACCAAAAAUUCAAAGAGCAACAAAUUAAAUCAACAAUUUACUUAAAAUCUAACAAUUUGUUAAGACACAUUCUAAUUCGCAACAGGCUAUUACUCAAGAAGAAUUAAACAAAUUGAAAUAAAAUUGGGAUAUACAAAAAUUUAUUAAUGAAUAUUUGAUUAAUUAAUAUGCAUAUUAAUGA